CGCAGCGCUCAUCAGUUCUGAACAGCAUUUCGCAUCGUCUUAUGACAAAUGCGCUAAUGCCAAGGCUAUAUAAACCGCUAAUGCUAAAUGUAAUGGGCCUUGGUAAUGGGAUGUAAUGGGAAUCAUUUCAAUGAGCAUGGGAUCGGCCACUUGGCAUACUUGAGGGUUCUUUUAUCCUGUCAGUAAAAUCAAAUGGUUGCAUUUCAUCUGAAAUGAUAGCAGUGAUGUUUGUUGUGUAGUGGUUCAUCAAAGCUAGGAUUUUCUGACUGGAGCUACACUAUGUCAUUCUUCAAGAGAAAGUUCAAAAGUCACUCCAGGAACAGUUCAAUAUCCAGUUCAUCAUCCUGCCCAGUGGAGAAGUGUGUCACACCUCAGCCCAAGUCACCACUUGGCUCUCCUGACCCACAAGCAAGCUUUUUAGCAGCUAUCAGGGAGGAAGAAAACAGGUGGUCUAAUGUCACAGAUGCAGAGAAGGAACACCUGAUCAGCCAGAGGUUGACCAAGACCCUGCGCUGUCUGGCCAAUGACAAGUGCGCCCUGGGUUACCUGACGUCGUUCCUGGAGGGCCGACAUGUGGCCGGAUACCUGCACUUCUGGAUGGAGGCCGAGGCCAUCCGGCGGCGUUUGGACACUGAGACUACCACCCCCGGCAGCGAGCCGGAGCCGGCCGGACCGCGUAACGGCGAGCUGCCGGCCGCGGCGGCGCUCUCCCAGCUCCUGCAGCGGUACCUGGUCAGCGAGUCGGGCCCGCAGCUCCGAGUGCCGGCCGAGCUGCGCGCCGCCGCCGCCGCCGCCGCCGCCGCUGGCCCAGAGGGUGGUGCGGGGUCGGAGCUGGCUACCCGCGCCCAGGAGGCGGCCGCCGCGGCCCUCUCGGCCAGCCACGUGCCGGAGUUUCUGCAGAGCGACCACUACCAGUGUUACCAGGUGGACGUGCUCACCAGCAGCUCAGUGGAGAUCUGUGAUAUCCUCUUCAACGAGACGGUCGUGUUCAUGUUCAUGGAGUUUAUGGAGCAGGAGGGUUUGGCGCAUUACAUCGAGUUCUGGAUGUCUUCCAACAACUUCCGGGACCAGCUGUACGCGCUGGAUGGCCGUGGUGACCCCGAGCAGACGCAGGGCGACGCCAUGAUCCUCUACGAAAAGUACUUCUCUCUGCAAGCCGUCUGUCCGCUGGGGUUCGGUCAGGAGACGCGGACAGAGCUGGAGCUCAACAUCUGCCGGGAGGGCGGGCCGCUGCCAGAGUGUUUCCUCCGACCCAUGCUGGUGCUGCACAAUGUCCUACAACAGCGCUACCUGGCAGCAUUCCUGAACUCGCAGGCGUUCUUCAAGUACGUCAUGGGUUUAGUGAACACCAUUCGACACCCUGCCAGACCGUUCUACGAUAAGACAGACGCGGUCAGCACGUGCAGCAGCGACCUGGCCUCCUCUGUGACGGGCGGCUCGGUGCCAGAGCGCUGGUCCCACCAGGACCCCGGACAGCUGCACCGGCGCCGCUACUAUGGGCUGAGCAUCGGCCACGUGAACCACGUGGGUCGCUACGAGUCUCAUCUGGAACCGAAACCGGACGCUGGCCGGCCGUCGGCGCUCCGCAGGGCUGUCAAGUCACUGCUCAGGCACGACGAGAACAAGGUACAAGAGGAGAUGGCGUGGAGGGUGGCCAACCUCAUCGUCAAGGACGUCACCAGUGUGACGAUGGGUCUGGGCGGCGGCAGUCCGACGCACCGACCGCCCUGGUGACCGGCCGCCCCCGCCGCCGCCGUCGCCCCCCUGUGAUCUGACUGCCGAGCCGACUGCCCGGGCCUGGUCUCGACGACGGCCGACCUGCCGGUGAAGUUAGUGAGGUUCUGCCGUCACCGGGGUAGUGUUCUCACAAAGGUGUGUCCAUCCGGCGCGGCCGAUUUUGUUACGUUUGUUGUGUGAGUUUGCGCCUCCUGCACUGAGUUUAGCGGUUGGGUGAGCGCAGGUCCGCGGAUAGAUUUAGAAAUCGUUAUCGUUUCAGUGUGGUUCUGGAGCCACGAUCAGCUUUGACGCGCCGGAAUGGCUAUAGGUAUUCACCGACACAGAACGGUGGUUCGUAAUGGGUGCUCCUCAGGACCCAGUAACAAAUAUUUACCGCAAUUUGAGGGCGCUUGUUCACUGUUAUCGAUAAUGUCUAGUUCAAAAGCUGGGCGUGACUGGACGUGAAGGCCAAAAGGGAUGAGGGACGGAGCAAUUGAUCAGUAUGUGGGGUGGGGUCUUGGUGAAGAGUAACGCCGCGAGGAUAUUGGUCAGAGCACGCGGUCGGCGCGCGUGAAUAGAGUCGAGGGUUCGGAUUCUUUGGAAUCGGGACUCGAAUCUCAAUCCUGUGUCCUGUAAUCUUACUGUGAUACUGUUGAUGUGUCGCAAACUUGUAACCUAUUGUCUCCUGACGUUAGCGACUUCUUGUUCGACAUUUUUAUUGAAUUCGACAGUUAUUUAAGUCAUAAUAAGCCAGUCAUGUCGGCCGGAACUCGAUAUCACUGUUCUGAAGUUUUGAUCCACAAUAACUGCAGUGAAUUAUGCAGUUCUAUCAGUAGGCAGCUACUUUGACUGGGUUGCCUAACGCUGUCAGAUCAUCUGAGCUUUACAAGCCUGGCAGUGAAAGCAACGGUCCAUGCCCGGCGCCCGCGCUCUGAUGCCAGUUUUAUUGACUAGACAAUACCAAUGGUGUGUCAAUAUCAGCUACUAUAAUUAAUGAAAAUUAAGAUACGCGGCACGCAACCCGUUUUUCACUAAAAAAGAAUGGUCUUGCUUCUUACAUUAAGAAUGUACGAAAUGUUUAGCAAAGUUGUGUUGCAUUCAGGCUAGCAACGUUUGUAGUUACAUUCCAAAUCCUGUCGAAUUUCCUGCUUCAGUCUACAGAAAACUUUCCCCAUUCAACUUUAAAGCAUGUGGAGUGAAGGUCCGGGUCAGAAUAUGCCCUGUGCGGACAGCGGAGGCCAAGGUGUCUGAUUUUGAAACAGGUCGGGUGGGGAUGUCUCGCACGUCCGGCCCCCGGACUGGCGGCUCUUCCAUAAUGUAGUCGUAUUUUUGUCAGAGGGAUUUGAGUGUGCUUGGUAUGUCGGUCGAGCACAACCAUUUGUUAUGCCGUGUCAUCUGUUAUGAGAUGAGAUUAUAGCUAGUUUUAAUAUACACACACAUAUCGACUA